GACAAAGGCGUCCGGCUCUUAAAUUUUGAAAACGAGCACAAGAUCGGGAAAACUCGGCAGGAUGGCCGCCAUUUAUCGUCUCUCCCACAGCUUCUCGCAGAGUUCCGUUAAAACCUCUCUCUCCUUCCCCCCGAUCCAAGACAGAAGUCUCUCGGUUUCCGUCUUCGAAGCUCGCCGGCCGACGCAUGGAAGCCACCGUAUAUGCAAAUCCACAUUUGCAGUCUCCCCAAUUCCCAGGUGAAGAAUUUCGAACCCCCAAUUCGUGAAUUUCCAUGUAAAUAACUUCUUUUCCUUUCCCCCGCCGGUGCAGCCUAUGGGUUUCAGAACCAGAAAAUGGCGGUUUCUGUUAUUGUCUGGAAUGAUCAAUUUCGCAGACUCCUCUUUUGAGCUUGGAAUUGGGUUUUGCUUUUAUGCCAAGUCUUAGGGGUUGAGUUUACUGUCUUCUAGAUCACCAUUUCACUAACUGUAGUGGGAUUUGUCUUUCCUUUUCAGGGCCAGGACGAGAGGGGAGACAAUUUUUAAUCUCUUGUUCAUUAAUCGAGAAAAGUUCGAAGCUUUGAUCCAAUUAAAUAUAAAGGGGAUCGAGUGAUUUUCUGGUUUGUUGUUUGGUCCAUUUCAGAAGCAACCGAAUGGGAGAUUUUUCUUUCCCCGUUUGCGUAAGUUUUCUUCUGGAUUAGCAAAUGCAACAAUGACUUCGGGUUUGCCGAAAGUCUCUGUCACCAUGGCAGCUUCUGCUGCAUUCCCACAAUCCCUUGCUUACAUUACUGCAUCAGGGGCGGGCCUUGCUGUGUUUUUGUUCCUAGCUUCAUUGCUUUUGGUCUCGAAUCCGUUGUCUUGUACAGUUCAGGGAUACUUUUACAAGCUUGAUACACCAAAAGUGAUUCUUCCUCCAGUGAUGCCACAGGAUCAAACAGAUAGUUAUAGUAAUGUAGACUCUGGUGAUAACAAGAGCCAACCAUCUGGGUUUAAUUUUACCACGAGUUUGAGCGGUGUUAACGGUAGUAUAAGUGAGGGUGUGAGGUAUUCUUUGCCAUCUGGGUCGGAGUCAAACGUGGAAGUUCCAAAUAGUAAUAAAGAACCAAGAGAGAAUUCCAUGAACAAAGAUGGCCAUGUGCAAGUUCCAGCUGGUAAUAAGGAAAUGAAACAGAAGAAUGAUCGCCUCGCUGAUGUGAAGGAUUUAGGUAUCAAGAAUCCUGCUAGUGUAAAUGAAGAAGUCACCAAAGGUGCAAAGGCUGCAGAGGCUAGCUCUGUCCCAUCUGGUCCAGAUCCCAAAUUGAAGAGUAGGGGAGAAACAUCUGAUGCAGCUAGCCAAGAGGUUAAUACAACGACUGGUUCAGAUGAUUCAGGAUGUGAUCUGUUCAAGGGAACUUGGUUCUAUGAUCCACGUGGGCCCUUGUACACGAACAGUAGCUGCCCAGUCAUAUCACUGAUGCAGAACUGCCAAGGAAAUGGAAGACCUGAUAGGGAGUACGAGAGUUACCGUUGGAAACCAUCACAAUGUGAACUCCCUCGAUUCGAUGCCAAAAAGUUCCUUGAACUGAUGAGAGGAAAAACUCUAGCUUUCAUUGGCGAUUCAGUAGCUCGAAACCAAAUGGAAUCAUUGCUCUGUCUUCUCUGGCAGGUGGAAGUUCCAAAUAAAAGAGGGAACAAAAGAAUACACCGAUACUACUUCAGAUCGACGUCUACCACGAUUGUCCGAGUGUGGUCCUCCUGGCUCGUCCAUCAAACGCCAGAAGCCAUAGACUUUGCUCCGGAGGGCGUCACAAAGCUCCACCUCGACUCUCCAGAUGAGAACUUCAUGGAAUUCUUCCCAACCUUUGAUGUUGUCGUUCUCUCCUCGGGUCACUGGUUUGCCAAGCGAUCCGUAUAUGUGUUGAACAACGAAAUCGUGGGAGGACAGCUGUGGUGGCCGGACAAGUCUCGGGAAGCCAAAAUCAACAACAUCGAAGCUUUCGGGGUAUCUGUAGAGACCAUUGUGGCCUCAAUGGCCACGCACCCAAAUUUCACUGGGUUGACCAUCCUGCGGACAUAUUCACCCGACCACUACGAAGGUGGGGCCUGGAACAGCGGUGGCUCCUGCACUGGCACGAGACCUCUGGAGCCUGAACAGCUGGUGAAGAACGAUUACACCGACAUAAUGCACGAGAAACAGAUGACAGGGUUUCAUCGUGGCAUCCAGAAAAAGUCGAAUAAAUCAAAGUUUGUGAUGAUGGAUAUUACUGAAGUGUUCAGUUAUCGGUAUGAUGGGCAUCCGGGGCCAUUCCGGACUCUUAGCCCCGAUGGAAAACCUCGAACUCGAAUGCAGGAUUGCUUGCACUGGUGCAUGCCUGGUCCAAUCGAUACGUGGAAUGAACUCGUGCUUGAGAUUAUAAGGAGAGAAUACGAAGGCAAAAGGAGCUCCUCAUCUUGAGGAGGUGUUCCCACUUGAAAUGGGAAGAAACCAGUUAACCAGCGGGACUUGACUUAUAUUGUAGAAAAUGAGGUUUUGUAGCCUAGACUCCCUUCACCUCCGUUUUCUUGUGUUACCUCAUUUGUUGUUUUGUUUGUUCUCCAUAGAAAAAGGGGAAGUCUUAAUCAGAAUCCAGCUGAUGUACCAGAUAGAGCAUUGUUGUGGCUAGUGUUCCCCUCCUUACAGAGGCCUCUGCAUUUUGUAUACACGAAGAAUUCACAAUAAAUGAGAACAUGUUUGUUCUGCAGUCCCAAUAGAUUCACCAUUGUUGCUUUAUCUUUCAAGAAAGAAUUGUUUUGGGAUCUCUGUCUGCUAAUUUUUUGGUAAAUUUUGGCAGGAUGAAGAGCCGAUGAGAAAUCUCUUGCUCAAGCAGCCUAGCAUGUUAGGGGCUAUACUUUGCUUUUCCUUUACUCCUUAGACUUAAAUAAAAAAAACCUCAGAAUUUUAUAUUAUGUCAGGAAAGUACCAAAUAGGUCUUUCAGUUUCUGCCUGUCAUUCUUACCCAGGUAUCUGCUGUUCCAUUCUUUAUUUUGUUGAAUCUGCUGCUCCAUUUCCUGCUGCAGAUGACCUACUGUCUUUCUUUGUUUGCUGACCAUCUUUGACCAACUGAUCACUGAUCUUCAGCUGAUUUGUUUUACCAGAUUUUGGCUGUGCUGUGCACACAGGGGGGAUUAAAGCGCGCUGACAUUAUUGAAUGGCUUCCUGUACGUACCUAGCUGUUGAAUCGUGCAUAGAUGCUUUACUGAUCUUCUUUGAUGAUGAGCUUGUUAGAGUUUGGCUUAUGCCGCCGAAUCGAAUGGCUGGGAACACAAGGUUGGGCGAUCCGAUUGCAUCAACAUACUAGCUCGAUUGUUCUGAUAUUUGAUGGUGGUUUCCUGGAACAUAAGAGACUUCAUUGGCAGCAAAAGAUUGUGCUGUUGAGGAAGUGUUGGCAGUUGCUGUUCCUUUCAAAAAAAAAAAAAAAUUUUGGAUCAAAACUGUUCCUUUCAUUUUGUCAAUAACAAUAAAUGCUCAGUUAGACA